AUGGUUGAAAGGUGGAGACCAGAAACUCAUACUUUUCAUCUACCGGUAGGUGAGUGCACAAUAACUUUAGAAGACGUAUACUAUAUUUUAGGAUUAAAUGUGUCUGGUAUUCCUGUUAGCGGUUCAAAUUUUGUGAACAUUAAAGAUGUUUGUCAAGAAUAUUUAGGAGUUAUCCCACCCGAGGGAGCAACAAAAGGUAAUUCUAUUAAAUUAAAAUGGCUCAAAGAUACUUUUGAUAAUGUCGGUGAAAACGCUUCCGAAUUAGAAAAACAAGCAUCAUGUCGAGCCUAUAUAUUACGUAUGAUUGGAGGAUUGUUGAUGCCAGACAAAUCCAAUAAUCGUGUACAUUUAAAAUAUCUUUCACUUUUGGGCGAUUUAAAUAAAGCAUCCCACUAUAGUUGGGGUUCGGCAGUUUUAGCAACACUCUAUAGAGAACUAUGCCUUGCUACGAAACCCAACGUAAUGUCGAUGGGAGGAUGUGCAUUGUUGUUGCAAAACUGGGCAUGGUAUCGUUUGAGUUGUGUUGCUCCAGAUGCACCAAAUGCAUGGAUAUUUCCACUUGCACAAAGGUAA